AUGGCUUCGACAUCCACCCUCCCACAACCCUCACGGUCGGUGACGAAUCCUCCGGCCGGCGCGUUGCCUCCGCUGCCCAACCCCAAACCCAGAAAGAGUCUUCCGACACCCGACACAUCGCGGGCUCCAUCUCCCUAUCAGCCGUCGAAACUGCGAGCCCCGUCAAGCCCGAAACCCUCCCUGGUCCGAUCGCCUCUAUCAAAUUCCAAUUCCACAUCGAAUCUGAGUACCGUUCGGUCAGCCUCCAGUGGGCGUGCCCCGGGUAGCCCCGACAAGUCUCUGCGCCGGACGAUAAGCAUCGCCUCAUUUCCGCAACCCCCCAAAGCGGGCACUCGCCCAUCGACAGCAGCUUCGGUGUCGGGGCUUCCCAGCUCCAGUUCUACGGGCAAUGUGAAAUCCAAACGGGGCUCACGUCUCAGUACAGGGACCACCAGCAGCUAUCGGAGCUCAAAAACGCCCUCGCUUUUGAAUGGAAGCGCAGAUGGAAAAUCCAUUAUGGUGGAUGCGCGAGAUCCAGAAGCCUCGCCGGGCCAUAGUCGAAGCUCUUCAGCUCAGGGUUCCUGUUCGACCAGCGCAACAACGUUUGAAGACGCCGAAGAUACGAUGGCUGGUGGAAAGGGAGGCCCCAAGCCCAAGGAAGCCAAAGGAAAUGUGAUCGUAAGUGUGCGUGUUCGGCCUGAUACUUCAACGAGCGAAACCCCGCGCAAUCACGGCGAGUGGUCGGUGGAGGGGCGUCAAAGUCUGGUUUCUUACCGGGGCAAAGAAGGAGGCGACUACUAUUACGGGCUUGCAUUGACUGACAUCCGUCGAACGACAGAUAACGUGUUUACCACUCACGAAAACAACGCCAAGGUUUACGAUUCGGCCGCCAAACGGCUUGUACGACGGGUCAUGGAAGGUUACCAUGGAACGGUCUUCGCCUAUGGUAUGACAGGCACCGGUAAAACCUUCUCGAUGCAAGGAACCGCCACCUCUCCGGGUGUAAUCCCGCUGGCCAUCACCGAUAUCUUUUCAUUUAUUCGAGAGACACCUCAUCGCGAAUUUUUGCUUCGAGUGAGUUAUUUGGAAAUUUACAAUGAGAAAAUCCACGACCUCCUCUCUGCUCCUAUCGCCAAUGGGCCGGGAGCUCCGCAGCAGGAGGAGAUCAAACUCCGUGAAGACAGCAAACGCGGCGUUUAUGCGACACCUCUGAAGGAAGAAAUCGUGCAGAGUCCGACCCAGCUCCUCCGUGUGAUUGCAAGGGGAGACCACGCUCGUCGGACAAGCAGCACUCAGUUCAAUUCUCGCAGUUCUCGAAGUCAUGCAGUGGUGCAGAUCGUUGUCGAAAGUCGUGAGCGUGUGCCUACGAGCAACUCGCAGGAUAAGCGAGCUGGGAUCGCACCGGGAGGUGUUCGAGUAUCCACUCUCAGUUUAAUCGAUCUUGCUGGGUCAGAACGUGCUGCGGACGACAAAGAGCGUCGGACUGAAGGAGCCCAUAUCAACAAGAGUUUGCUGACCCUUGGGAAUAUCAUUUCGGGGCUUUCGGACAGCAAAGAUAAACAAGGAAAUCCCGGUGAUGCUAGGCAUUUGCCCUAUCGAGACAGUAAACUUACGCGAUUGUUGCAACCGGCUUUGUCGGGCAACUCGCUUGUGAGCAUUCUCUGCACGAUCCAGUUGGUGUCAGGUGUCAAUGCAAACACUGGUGAGACACUCAACACGCUGAAAUUUGCUGCUCGAGCGAAGAACAAUAUCGUCAGUCAUGCAAAGAAAGCUGAGGAAGCAUACGGCGCCGGUGGAGGAGACUCGGGAAGCCGCGUCUUGCUAGAACGCUAUCGUAUGGAGAUCCAGGCUCUCCGGGGUCAACUUGAUACGCAAGCCAAAGCCCAGGCCGAAAAGGAACUCAAGUGGGACGAGCAGCAGUAUGAGAAGGAGGCUCAGGCUCGUCAUGAGGAACAGGUUCUGGAAAUGCAGCUGGCUCGAACUGCGCUUAAGGAACGAAUUGAGCAUCUCAACCGUUUGAUCUUAAGCUCCAAGUCAACCGGCGUGAACAGUCAUGGGAGUAUGUCGGCUUUCGGCCGGCUAUCGAGAAUGUCCAGCAUCGAUACCGGGGGCACACGCUCAUUGCGAUCUUCGGCCAGCCAAUCCACACUGGGCGCUGCCCAUUCCUCCAUCCGCCCGAUGUCUUUUAUGUCGGUCAACAGCAGUGAGCCAUCGGGAACGAUACCCUUCGCGGGUGGUUCAUUUGGGAAUGAGGAAGACGAUGAUCUGGGCGAAUUUGGCGACGGGAAGGCUAGUUUACAGCGGCAAGUCACAGCAUUGCAGGCCGACUUGGGCGAUAAGAACCGAUACAUUUCUACUCUGGAACGGCGGCUCCUUCAGGCCAGACGUUCAAGUCACUCUCGCAUGUCGAUGGGAGUUAAAUCCAACACCUCGACGAUUUCCGAGCAUCCAGAUGCAACGGCGUUGCUUCGGGAAAAAGAUAUGGAGAUCAAUGAGCUUCGCAUCCAGUUGGACGACAAGGAUCGAAUGUUGGCUGCCCUUCGGUCUGCCGCUCGACACCGAGACCUCGCUACUAUUACCAAUGAUGCACAGUCACCAGAAUUGAAAGGCAAGCCGGAUUCACACACUGCGCCCAAUAGCCCACCAGAUACCAGCGGCGUCACGGAUAAAACUGCUAGUCCAGUGACUCCGGCGCCAACUGCAAAUGUGGGCAGCAGAGAGGAUCGGAGGCAGAAUAUGGAUGAGGUGUCCAAAAUGCUGGACGAAAUGAUCCAGGGUCGGGUGGACAGCGGCCAUCUGGAGAGGAGCUCUCUUGGGGCAGUCAAGAGGGUGUCGAGUGACAGUCGCCGCAUAUCGACAUCGGCAGAAGUGCCAGGGUUAAAACCCAGCACGCCUGUGCCCAUGGAUCCCACUCCUGACUCUCCGCCGAAUUGA